UACAGAGUGAUAGUAGUAUCAGAUUUGCAUGUUACACAAGUGAAGGUAAUCAUAUAUUUGGUAAUAUCAAUCAUACUACAGAUAUAGUCAAUUUAUACAUAUCAUAACGACACUGAAAUUCAAUAUGGAGACAAAUACGUUUCAAGGUUAAGUAUCAAUUAAUAUUUAGUGUAAUAUAUAUCUACUUGUAUUGGCAAGACAUUGCCGGGGGAGGUUGGGAGUGUUCUUGUUCGUUAUGGAUAAGAUAUAUACAAUACUAGAAAUUUGGGUUAAGAAUGAGUUAUACAUAGCGGAUAAGGUUACAGUUAUAAAUAUUAAACGACAGAUGAGUAAACAAAGCGUACCGCCAGUGUAGAUGUAUUUGUUCCUCGUUUUCUGCGUGAGUUUAGUGCGGAUGCAUGAAUGGGAAUAAUUUAGUGAACGAACGAAUAAUUUGGUUGUAAAUUUGGCCAUCGGCGACUGAUGAAGCUAAGGAUUUAUUUGUAGGAAUGAGCGGAUAUGCCAGCUACGAUGAUGCACUGGAUCCGAAAUAUGGGGAACCAUUUCCAGUCCCGGUUGUCAUGGCAACGAAGGAGGCUCUUAAGGGCUAUGGGACGAUAGUUACUACUUAUGAUGAAACCAAAGUUGAAAUUACACCAUGGCCUGUUAAAGGUUGGAGAAAACUCUGUCCAAACACUGGUACUUUAGGCGGGGAAUGCAGCGGUGACUUUUUGUACAAGUGGAUAGGAGACCAAUGCACCGCCAUCAACAAAGCAGUAGGCGGGAAUUACGUCAUCGGACGGUUACCUAGCAACGUGUCACCUAGCAACAGGACGCACGUGCUUGUUAGAGAAGCGAACUACCAUCCGGACGGGGGUCAGGUUUUCUAUCCGGUUAACAAGGACCCAUUCAUUGCCCUUUUGGCUUUACCGGGGGAUGAUAUCAAACUAGAAGAUUUCGUGGCUUUCUACUUUGAUGGAAGUUUUGGAGUUCAAAUCCACGCUGACAUUUGGCACCAGCCGGUUUAUCCAAUCAAUGAUGAGGCUACGUUUGUCGGCAAACAGGGGGCGGUACACGCUUGCGUAGCUGUGGACACGGUUGACGAGUUUAGCAAAUACUUGCUGGUUCCUUUAUCUCCACCGGAGUGAUUACACUACUGUAUGGACUGGACACCGCACUUUACCAUAGUAACUUGGUUACUACAGAACUGUUGAUCAUUCAGACAGCUGUGUGGUCCAUCACUAAUGCAUGUACAUUUUUUCAUCAUACAUAUUGCUUAAGAUGAUUUUAUCGAAUGGCAACUGUUUUGAAUGAUGUUUUGUUCUUUUAAAUGUUACAAA